CGAGGUCCCUAGCCAAGAUGGCGGCCGAGUCAAAGAGACCACCAGGUUUUACCAAUCUAAACAAUCUAGCUGCAGCUGAGGUUGGGGGAAGAAUUCUAUUUGCUACAGAUGAUUGGUUUGCAGUAGCUGAAAAUUUGUUGAAGAGUGAACCUGCAGAAUSGAAGGAGGGAGUUUUCACAUCAUAUGGAAAAUGGAUGGAUGGAUGGGAAUCAAGAAGAAAAAGAACGCCUGGCCACGACUGGUGCAUUAUCAAACUCGGUGUUCCAGGAAUAAUUGAAGGCUUUGACAUUGAUACUUCGUAUUUCACUGGAAACUAUCCUCCAAGAGUAUCUAUACAGGCUGCAUGUCUUUCAGAUGAUGUGGAAUUCCCUGAGCGCGUCUCAGAAAUGGGUAUCAGUGCUUCAGAUGGCCAGUGGGAGCAAAUAAAUAAGAUAAAAUCUGAGGACUGGGCCGUGCUACUUCCAAUGAGCAUACUAGGACCAGGUUACAAAGAGACAGCCCAUAAUUAUUUCAUGGUCAACAACAGAAUGAGAUGCACACAUCUAAGGCUUAAUUAUUACCCAGAUGGAGGAACAGCAAGGCUGAGAGUUUACGGWUAUGCAGUAAAAGAUUGGUCAAUGGCUUCACAAGAAAAGGUUGUUGACCUGGCAGCCAUGGUUAAUGGAGGACGUGCUCUUGCAUGGAGCAACCAACAUUAUGGACACCCCAGAAACCUUAUAGGUCCUGGUCGUGCUCCUAAUAUGGGCAAUGGAUGGGAGACAGCYCGGCGUCUUGACAGACCACCUAUUCUUAAGCUUAAAGCUGAUAACUGCAUAGAUUUUCCAGUGUUAUAACAAAGGUUGAAGUGGAUACAAAUCAUUUCAAAGGAAAUUUUCCUGACUCAUGUACUAUUGAAGGAUGCGCCAUGACAGAACAGUUGGAAAAUGAAUUCUGUAAAAAYCCAGAGACUACUCCGWUACCAUGGAAACUUCUUUUACCAUCUACAAAGCUCUCACCCAACAAGCGCGAUUUUUUCACUGACACUGUCCAAGACUGUGGAGUARUAACCCAUGUCAAGCUUAACAUCUUUCCUGAUGGUGGAGUGAGCCGAUUAAGGCUGUUAGGUUUGCCCAGGCAAUCAAGUGAUCAUGUUGCGGCAAACCUCUGAAGUAUACUACAAAUUGGCACCAUGGAAACCAACAAAGCAGCUUCAUCUUUGGGAAGGAUGGGGGUUGAUGUAUCUUCAUGGUAUCUGAUCUGUUGUGACAACAGGAUAACAAAACUGGAAUAUUGCAAUAAUUUCUCUCUCAGAUGAGCAURCUGGCAAUGAUGAUUUAAUAAUGAUGGUUUUUUUAAAAAACAAUUCUAUUUUUAUACAAUAAAUAAAGUAAUUAUGCACUGUUA